AUGGGCGAACCAUUGGCGAUGCGAGCCAAAUACGUACUAGAAGGGGGAUUUUACCUUUGGGAACGGAGGCCAUGGCUGCCCGCUGAUACCGAGAGGUUCUUCAUCUAUAGCGUGUCUGAAAAAGAACAUGUCAUCAUGGAUAAAGAAAAUAGAUGGGAGCAUGAAGUAACGGUGCCCACCCGUAAGUUGCUGGACCCGAAGUUCUGCCUGGCAGAAUGGUAUGCACGAAAGGUUAAUGAACUACGGGGAGAGCACCCCCACACAUGGGGAAGAUGGAGGCGGGAAGAGCCUCGCCCAACGAGGUCCAUGGAUACUCCUCUGGCUGCCCAAGCGGAGCAGCUAUUGAAACUAUGGGGCCAUUAUGAUAACGACCCCCCACCCCCCAUGCAACGCGCUAAACCCAGAAAGAUUUGA